CUAGGUAGUUGUGCAACCUACGGCUCAACGUAGAUGUGUAUGUAUGCGCAUUAGGAGAUAAUACAUAAACUGAUAUUUCGUUUAUAGAGAUGAACCGCAUUACGGCUCUGCUGCGAAGAACGUUUGGAGUAGUAAAAGAGCAUGUCGGUACAGAUCAUUUAGGAAAUAAAUAUUAUUAUAUACCCGAGCAAAAGUCAUGGACUGGGCAGGUCAUCCGGCCCAAACGCCUAGUAGAAGCAGCCAAUCCAAAUUACUUUGAGUACAUGGAAGGAAACAUUCCUACUGAAUGGGAUGCUUGGAUGAGAGGCAGGAGGAAGCAGCCACCUACAUUGGAGGAGUUGUUACAGAACGAACGUUCCAGGGAGCAAAUCAAAAUCAGAGCUAUAGAUUCAGAGGAGAGGGAUAAGGCCUUGCAGGUCAAAGAGUAUGAGGAAGGUUUGGUGGCCCAACCUGUUCAGACUCAGGUCAAAGGCCAUGCUUCUGCUGCACAGUUUGGACAGACUGAAUUCAGUGAGGAGCCUGUAAGCACUGCUAACAAAUUCCAGCCUGGGUCCUGGACACCUCCAGGAAGCAAAAAAUAGGUUUAUUUGAAAUCUCCUUUGCUGUCGUCAAGUAAAUUUGCAAUUUAAGUAAAAUCAUAGUUCUGCUGAUUUUCAAUGCAUGUCUUGAUAUAUAUUCAGUACAGGUUUUCUUGAGACAACUGAAAAGCACUUUAUUUAAGUACUGGUUAGCUUGCUAUUAUUUUUUCAAGUAUAAAGGUGUAUUUUUAAAAAUGUACAUUUCUGAAAAUUAAUACACUAUCAGGACAUCUGAGACAUAGAAAAGCUCAGUAGAAAGAUGAUUUUAACUUCAAACCAUUGCUUCCUGGUAAAUUACAAAUCCUCUAUCAAUAUUUUGCCCUCUUCUUGUCUAAAUAUGGAACCAAAAUGCUUCUAAACAAAUAUGUUGGUCGGUUUGAUGUGAGAGGAUGACAGGGGAUGGUCUGUUAUUAUAAUGGAUUCUAGACUUUAAAGUUAAAAUGAUGAAUGUUAAUUUACAAACAUGCAGCUUUUCAUUUCACAAGACAUUGAUUAAAGGACCAUCCAAGUCCAUCCAAUGUAAUAUAAUGCUUAAUUUCUCCAAACCGGUUCUGAUGAAGAAACAAACUGGUCUACAUCUGAUGUUUGGGUGAACCAUUAAUUUUAUCAUUACUGAAAUGAAUUGUGAAAUGAUGUUAAGAAAUAGGUUUCUGAGAGCUCUGCUUCAGGAUUGUUUCAAAAUCAAAUCACCAAAUGUAGAAUUUUUUUAUGCAUUUUGUUUAAUUGAAAUGUUUUCAGAUGUCUUACCAUAUUUAAAAAAAUUGAAAUUAU